AUGCUGCAGGAGGUGAUGCGCGUGCAAAAGACGGUCCUCAACCACGAGAACGUCAUUCACCAGUUGAUGACCUACCUACUGUCCGUCGAUGCCCGGCAGAGACGCGACAGCAAGGCGGCUGCCCCCUUCCAACCACAAGGACAAGCUGGUUCGACCCUGAGCCCGUCCCAGGUCACCCCGAUGGAAGAUGAGCCAUCAUCGCCGCUUCAGCAGGCCUCGAAGCUGCUCAACGAUUUGCACUCCGAAAUGCAGUUCAACCUCACCGGUGUCGAUCAACUUGGCGAAGCCAAACAGACUCCCGUCGUAUCAACGCCGACUACCGGAAUGGUGCGUGCACCGACGACUGGCGCCAAUUCCAGCGCUUUGGUUUAUCCCACCACAACGCCCAAGAUGAAUGGCGAGAUGGAUACCGUGGUUUACCCCGUUGGUGCAACCAAUGGUAUUGAUCCCAUGUACAGUGAGCAUGUUAACAAUGUGCCAUAUCCGAUGCCACCCAAGCCGGAGAUCGAAUCCAGUGAUGCCCGCCGGCAGUUUCCUGAUAAUCGAAAGAAGAGCACCAACGUUGACCCGGGAUGGAUGCGCAGCCCGCACAUUCUACUUGUCGAGGACGACGCAACGUGUCGUCAAAUUGGUGGGAAAUUCUUGUAUUCGUUUUCUUGUGUAAUUGAUACUGCGUUUGAUGGUCUCGAGGCCGUGAACAAAAUUCAAGACGGUUCGAAGUACGAUCUAAUUCUCAUGGAUAUCAUCAUGCCCAAUCUGGACGGUGUCUCAGCCUGCCACCUUAUCCGCCAGUUCGACCGGACUCCUAUUAUCGCUAUGACAUCCAACAUCCGGAGUGAUGAUAUUCAGCUUUACUUCCAGCAUGGAAUGGAUGAUGUGCUUCCCAAACCGUUUACUCGCAAGAGCUUGCUCGACAUGCUUGAGAAGCAUCUCGUCCAUCUCAAGUCUAUUCCGCAGGGCAUGGAGGCUCCACAACCUGCGCCUGCGGUCACAAUGGCUGCGCAAGGCUCCGCUGCUCAAUCUGUCAAGGAGGACAGUUCCCCCGGUCAAUCGCCAGCUGCGUCCAUGAGUAACUGGCAGUCACCUGGCCAGUUCCAUGGCAUGGCGGUCCAUCCCAGUAUUCCGCAUGUACAAGGGCAAUAUGCUGCCGCCACGCCGGCUGCUCCAGUCGCGUACACCGUCGAUCAAAACGGUGUCCAGUACCCAGCACCGGCAGUGGCACUCGCCCCAGCCGGAGCGGCGCCAGCAGCAGUACGGCCACCGCACCGACGACAAGUAUCGGAAAUGUCCAGCGCUCCAGAUAACCCCAACAUGGCGAAGCGACCGCGCAUGUAUGCUCAGCCUGCACAGGCGAUGGUCAAUCCGGUGCAAGCACGGACGGGCUAG